AUGGCGACAGAGAACGUCGGGUCGCAAAAUGAAGACAGCAUCUCAGAUAGCAUCCGAGACAUCCUCAAUGCCGCACAACACCACGAUAUUCAGACCCUCGAUAGGUUGAUAAACGAGACUUCGUUCCCAGAUUGCAAGGCAGUGGACGUCCAAGAUCCCACGACAGGCUUUUCGCCAUUGCAUGCUACAGUCUACGGCAGCCAACCUCAGGUGAAUGGAACAGGGCCAAACAUACUGUCUAGUGAGGAACGAGCGAUUGAACUCGUGAAGUUUCUGUUCGAGAAUGGAGCUAUCUGGAAUCAAUUGGACGCCAACGAUGAGACUCCUGGUUGUCUUGCUUAUCGACUGGGUUUAGAAGCCCUCUACCAACUCAUAGUCGAUGCUGGAGUUCGCGCUGAAAUGUUACUCGGUCGUUUAGAAGAGUAUGCGAAACUAGAUGAGGGAGAAGAGGGCGACAGUCACCAGAUUGAAAGUGCCACUCCUGACGACAUUUCUCCUGAGCAUCCAGACGUUGACAGUUCUACGUAUCUGGCAUCCGCAUUGUCCAGGAGCGGCAGCAUGCUACUAGAUGAACAGCAAAACGGGGUGAUGAUGGCGUGGGAGAGCGAUAUCAUGAAGAAAUCUGCAGAUGCACUUUUACCUCGACCUGGACUUCGCAUUCUCAAUAUUGGGUUUGGAAUGGGCAUUAUCGACACACAUAUCCAAAAUCACUCAAACAAGCCUGCAAGCCACCACAUUGUGGAAGCACACCCAGACGUGCUCAAUGAGAUACAGAGCACGGGCUGGAUGGACAAGCCAGGCGUGGUCGUUCAUAGGGGCAAGUGGCAAGAUGUACUCCCUGGACUUGUAGCAGAGGGAGUCGAGUUCGAUUCGAUCUACUUCGACACUUUUGCAGAAUCAUACGGCGAAUUCCGUGAAUUUGUCUCUGAACAGGUUAUCGGUCUUCUGGAUCAGGACGGACGGUGGUCUUUCUUCAAUGGUAUGGGUGCUGAUCGACAGAUUAGCUACGAUGUAUAUCAAAAAGUUGUCGAGUUGGAUCUUUUCGAAUCCGCUUUCGACGUUGAGUGGGAGACAGUCCAGCUUCCAAAGCUCGAUGCCGAAUGGGAAGGUGUACGGCGAAAAUAUUGGAAUGUCGAGAGUUACCGGCUUCCAAUAUCAACAAAGUCCAGUAACAGCUAUCGAGCAGAGAGAAUGGCAUACAAGAGGACAGCCAUUGUGACUGGCUCUAGCCGAGGCAUUGGCGAGGCUAUCGUCAGAAGGCUAGCUCAGGAAGGCUACGCAGUGACAGUCAACGACGUCUCCGCGAACAAGGCCGGAAUCGACAAGCUCGUCGAUGAGCUAAACUCCAAGCAUGGAGCUGGAAGUGCCAUCGGAGUUGUUGCCGACGUCACAUCGUCAUCAGAAGUGCAGAAUUUGAUCAAGGAAUCCGUCGAGAAGCUUGGAGAUCUCACCGUCUUCGUUGCAAAUGCCGGUAUCGCACAGGUGGCCCCGGCGCUGGACAUCUCGGAUGAGGAUGUGAUGAAGAUGUUCAAUGUCAACUUCAUGGGUGUCUGGCUCUCAUAUACGCACGCUGCACGCCAAAUGAUCAAGCAGGGGCCUGUUCCGGAAGGAACCAGUGGCUACAAGAUCCUAGGGGCAGCCUCAAUCGUUGCCUUCAAACCUUUUCCUUUGUUGGCACAUUACAGCGCAUCUAAAUGGGCAGUGCGAGGCCUCACACAGGUAUUCGCAAUGGAAAUGGCCAAGCACAAGAUCAACGUCAAUGCCUACGCUCCAGGAAUUGUUGGAACUGCGAUGUGGGAUCUCAUCGACGAGAAACUGGGCGAAAUCGAAGGCCGCGAGAAGGGCUCUUCUGUCAAGAAAUACAGCUCGGAAUUGACAGCACUGGGUAGAGUCAGUGUGCCUGAAGAUGUGGGAAACCCUGUGGGUGGUUUCUUAUGCUCCAAAGAUGCAGAGUUUAUCACAGGUCAAACAAUCGUUAUUGAUGGCGGUAUCAUCUUCACGUGA